AUGUUCCUAAAACUAAAUUCGGGUUCAAAAUGGGUCAACAGAAAGCCCAUCGAUUAAGCGUCAACAUACAGUUUUUGUUUUUUUUUCAGGAAAUUAUUAUCAUUUUCCUUUUGCUCUCAACUCUUAUUUUCCAAUUUCAAUUUUCUCAUCCUGAACCCCUCAAAGAUGGAUUCGAUACCAAGGAAGCGACCCAAAUCGGAGUCCAAACCCCCAAAACGAAACCCUAAAUCCUCUCAUUCUCCGAUCAGAUCACUACUCGAGCCACCGCAAAGCUUCUUCCCUUCCAAGGAAGAAUUCAUUAAACUCCUCACGGUCUUGCUCAUCGCUUGCGCAGUAGCAUUCACCUGCAGUUUCCUCGCUAAGCAUCUGGACUCAGACCCUAAAUCUUUCUGCGACAGCGACUCAGAUUCCGUCGACUCGGAUUUGGAUUCGUGUGAACCAUGUCCGGUUAAUGGGGAAUGUCACCAAGGGAAGUUGCAAUGUAAUCAUGGAUACAGAAAGCAAUGGACUUUAUGUAUAGAAGAUGGAGCUAUCUAUGAAUCAACUAAGAAACUGGUUAGGCAUUUCGAGAGAAAGGUUUGUGAGGCAUAUGCUCUUAAUGAAUGCUAUGGUACCGACACCAUUUGGGUUCCAGAGAAUGGUGUUUGGAAUGAGCUACGUAGAAACGGUUUCAUGGAUAACUUAGACGAGUCUGCUUACAAUUUUGUGAAAGCAAAGGCAGUAGAAGCUGUGGCAGCGUUGCUAGAGAAAAGGAUUAAUGCUAAUGGGAUCGAUGAGUUGAAGUGCCCUGAAUUGCUAAUGGAAAGUUACAAGCCUUUGACUUGCCGCGUACAACAAUGGCUUUUACAGCACAUUGUUAUCGUCUCGUCCUCAUGUGCAAUGCUUGUUACCUGCGCAAUAUUGCUUAGGAAAAUCCAGCGGAAGCGACGUUUUUCAAGUAGAGUUGAAGAACUAUACGACCAGGUUUGUGACUUUCUGGAAGAGAAUGCAGUGACAUCGAACUCUGCAGACAGUAACUGCGAGCCUUGGGUUAUCGCAUCACGGUUGCGUGAUCAUCUCCUUUUGCCUAGAGAAAGAAGAGAUCCUCUCUUAUGGACUAAGGUUGAGGAGUUAAUACAAGAGGAUUCACGUAUAGAUAGAUAUCCGAAAAUCAUAAAGGGUGAACAAAAGGUUGUAUGGGAAUGGCAAGUUGAAGGUUCACUUAGCUUAUCCAAGCUAAAGAAACGGCGAGAGACGCAGAAGAAAGUUAGACAAAUCAGUGACUCGAACACAAUUUUGCAAGAUAACUACAACAGAAGAAUCGCAGAGGCUAGCUCUUAGUACAUUUACGACAAAGACCAAUAUAGAAGCUUGUUGGUGCUUGAUUCUUCAGGUAAUGGUAAAAGAUACAAGAAUGCAGGGAAGCAUUGUUGAUCUUUCCUUUCUGUUGAUUUUCUGUUCAUGUUUAUGAUUGAAAUUGUAUUAGAUGAAGAAGAGUAGUUAGUGUCUGUGACUUCUUGAAGUUUAGUUUUGAAUUGCACUGGUACGGUUACUAUGGUA